AUCAAAGCCACGACUCGUUUACGCAACGGAGGACUCAUCAUCGAACUAACCACCACGGAGGCAGCAAAAUGGAUCAGAAACCCGGUCAACAGACUCAGAAUUAUCGAUGCCAUUGGUAUACCAGCGACCAUCAAAGAAAGACGCUUCUCAGUUAUAGUACCCUUUCUACCCAUCACCGCCAACCUGGACGAACCAGACUGGCUACGCACAAUCGAAGUGGAAAAUAGUAUGUCAAUGGGCGCAGUAGAGUCCGCAAAUUGGAUUAA